AUGUCUCUGCCCAAAUCGUACCAGCAGAAUUUUUCUCCCCAGGAGAUCAAUUUCCUGGCCGAGCAGGAGCUGGUCACGGUGAUACCGCGGUACAGUAUGAACGGGGCACAGCUGAUAGGCGCGAAAAUGCCCAAACUGCGAGCCCUGAAUAGAGAGCAGAUCCCACUCUGGCUCGCGACGUUGCUCAAAAAACAGGAGAAAUGCAACAUCGUGGUGCCCGAGUGGCUUUCCGUGGAGUAUCUGCGUGUGCGCUAUGACGAGGAGAUCAAGUAUCCGAGCAAGUUUUCGAAUCUACCGUGGCACUGGCUGCCCAUAGCGAAAAAACUGCUCGACUACGCGUCCGACGACUUCAUCGACCCGCCGCAUGAGAUCAGGUCCUUGCUCCAGGACUUGCGCGAAGUUCGACUCGUCAAGGCCAGAAAGGGAAUUAGGGAGCUCAAUCACGUGUAUAUCCAGCUGGACGGACUUUCGCUGAUGGAGAUCAACGAGAUACGGCCGUUUAUUUUAGAGGUGAUGGAUCAGCUACGGAAAAUGAACGACAGUCUUAAAGUCAAAGCCGAAGAGGAAAUGCCACGCCAGGCAGCCGCGCAGAUGGACCGUGACGAAGACAGCGACGACGAUAUUUAUCAGAAAGAGUGA